AUGGCCAGCCCCUCGCAGGCCGGUUUCCCCGCGCGCAAGAACAGCCUCCUGGACGCGUUCCUGCGGAGGCAUCUGCCGCCCGAGGUCUACGACGCCAUCCGCGCUUACGAGCCGUACAUCGUGGUAUCCGACACGGCGAAACACACCUUAAAGUACGUGGUGCUCAGUGACCGGCUCAUCUACCUGACCGAGAACCCGCCCCAGUCCAUCCGGGGAGUCGUGGCGCUCGGGAACAUCGUGUCCAUUGACCUGGAGCCUCCAUGGUUUGACCCCUCCAUCUCUGACUUACCUCCUACCACUCUUCCCAGAGCUCUUUCUGCUCUUCUUCCUGCCUCAGGGCCUUUGCACCUGCCAUCCUAUCUGGAACACUUUUCCUCAGAUCUUCAGAGGGUUGAUUCCUUCUUGUCCGUCAUGUUUCUGAAUUCAGCAUCACCUCCACAGAUAUGCCUUCUGUGUUCACCCAAUCUAAAGUACCACCAAGAGAGCAGCACACCACCAUCCAAGGACUCAACUCUUGGCCCUCCUUCAGACUUCAAGAAGCUGUCCCUUCAUGGCCAAAGUGCCUGUUGACCCUUACCUACCCCCUCCAGGAGGAGCUGUCAGCCCACAUCAGCCACUAGCAAGGCUGUCGGUGUGCCAUUUUGCACCACAAACACAAAAGAACCCCAGGGACUUUCAGAUCACAAGACUCUAAGUGAAAUCCAUUUCAAGUGCAAUGGGAACGGAAAUGAGUUUUACUUAGGAAAUUCCUCCCUGGCCUCCCCUUUACAGAGUAACCCAAACCUAGAGAAAAAGGAGUCAAAACUUCAUUUGUACAUUAUUUCCACAACUUCAUUAAUAUUCCCGCACUUAAAAAGUUCAUGGAACAAUUAUGUUAUAAAAGGUACUCUUUUACAAGAUCCCCUAUAUGUUAGUGAGCUCAGUGCUGCUACUGGAAGUCAAAAGCUAUAUAGAUCUGAGGAGAAAAUUAAGCACUUCAGUCAACUUAAAUCUGAACUUUUUCUUAAAGACAAUACUUUGAGGAAUAUACUUUGUUUAAUUACAGAACUUAAAGUAGCAGCCUCGAAGAACUUCAUUCUGAAAAGGCUUUUCUGGAAAACCAGUGACCUUUUCUAUUUCCUAGUGAACAAACUUCAUGAGUACUUGCCAGAGUCUAGGGAUAAGAAUGCACAUCAAAAUAAAAGCCAAAGUGUUGAUGAGCUGGUGGCAUGCAUCGAAAUUAUACAGACUCUGGGACUGAUGUUCAGAGAAACAGAAACUGAGGCAUCAUGCCUGAACACAUUGGCAGCUAAGAAGGGAACACUAUUUAACCUCUUGGUAAUUUUAAUUAGUGAGCCUCAGAUUUCAAAAUCUUGUCCUGUGUUUGACAUCCAGUUGGUGGCUGAUUCAGCUUUAGUUGAGAUAUCUUUUGAUGCUGAGUUACAGAAGCUUAUCCUGGAAUAUACAGAUACAGCUACAGCACUUUUAUAUGAGAUACUUCUUGUCUUUCAGCAGGGAAAUCUUGGAUUGGGGUCAUCAAAGUUUGCUAUUAGCUGGAUGAUGUCCUUUCUACAAAGUUGUCCUCCCAUAAUUACUUUUGUGGCCAGAAUUGUGAAACGAGUGGUGAAGGGGCUUUCAGCUUCAUUUCAGCUGCUAAGUCCUGGCCAAGCAGUUCUGUUAUACCAGCAGUUUUACAUCCUCAAGAGCUGCCUGCAGUACAGCAAGACUUUAGCUGAGUAUAUGAGGAAUGACUACAGAGAAGAAUUCAGUUAUUUUAUUCACAUGCCAGCCUUGAAAAAAAGGCUCCCAUUAUGUUACCCUAUUACCCAACCUACCACUCAACUUUUUCAUGAAGUUCUGAAAUUGGUUGAACAGAAACAAUGUGUGAAAUGUUAA